GCACCCCUCCCUGCCCCCGUCGCCCCCCCAGCCCCCCCGCCCUGGCCAGGAGGACCAACGUUCGGCCUCUGCAGCUUCAGAACGCAAAGGAGAAAAUCGAAGCAGUGGGGGGGCGCGCCAGGAGGUGGUCAGCAGGGCAGCCCCUUGACCCGUCCAGGAGUGUGGGAAGCAAGGAUCCUGCUGCCCCUGCCGGCCCUGGUGACCCUGCUGACCUGCCCCCUGCUCCCCCUAGCCCCCCCUGCUCCUCCUUCCUCCCCCGCCACCCCCACCCUUCCUCCUUCUCCUCACACCAAGAGUACCUGGACAGUUACCUGGGCCACCUGACCGACGACGCCUGGCUGCAGUUCCCGAGUCGCCUGUCAUCCCGUCGUCUGAUAUACCUGAGUUCCAGCGAUUAUUUUGCGUCAGUUCGAAAGUCCUCUUCAUCUCCCUCUUCCUCCUCCGCCAGCUGCCCCUCCACAAGUCACAACGGCACGGGGUCAGGUCAGGAAGGGGCACAGAGCACUGACGCCCCCAGCCGCACCCCCGUUUCGCCCCGUGACCCGCAGACAGACCUCCAGAGUGCUCCGGUAACGCCACCCGACAAGGCUAAAGUCAGUAGCGAUGAAGGCAUUGAGUUACUGGGCAGCCCUGUCACGCCACGCAGCCCCAUGGAGAAACCAGACGUGCCCCAGACCCCGCCCGUGUCCCAGGGAGAGCCAGAGGACGCCCCAGUGCCCCAGUUCAUCGUAGGGGGGCCUGUGGGACGGGACACAAUUGGGGUGGAUGAAGGAGUCGAGAGUUCUUCCGAAGAGAGCAGCGAAACAGAGCCGAGCACAAUUGUUUACGUUGACGAGUGCGUGGGAGAGAUGCACCCUGCUGCCCCGGCCCCAACUGCAGCCCCGGAUGUCCCCAGAGUCCACGAGGAAGCCCCACACACUUCCCCACGCAAGGAAUUAACCUCGCACUCGUCCCCUAGGAAAGACCUCACGCCACACGCAUCGCCAGACAAGCACUCCGGUCUGAGCACAUCCCCGCAUUCCCCACAGCACCGCAGCCCACAGAGGGAGCCGCCAGCCCCCCGCACAUCCCCCCGGAAGGACACAGCAGCCUCACGCAGCCCUGCCAAGGAUACACAGGCCAUAGAAACACCACAGGGGCACCCAAGACCUCAGCACUUCAGCCCCUUACAUGACACUUCCCUUACAAAACAGUCCCCUAGGAGGAUUCAGGGGAGUCCUAGGAGAGACACAACCCUCGCACAGACCAGGGGAGCCCCGAUGGAGCCCCACAGCAGCCCUCGACGCCGGCAGGAGGAGGAGAUGCGAAAACAAGAGGAGUUUCAAAAGAUGCACAUGUCGUCACAGGAGGGAGAGACAGACGAGGAUGAAGAGUGUCUGGUCGUUCAAGUUUACGGCGACCGCAGCCCCUCCCCGCCCUCCGAGAACAGCCAGGUAGUGAAGAUAGUGCCACAGAGGCGCGAACACCCCAGCACGUCCGCCACACCCGCAAACAAACCCGUCGAUCACGUGCUUUCGUUACUAAAAGCCAAACAGGAACAGGAGGUGGAGGCGCUGCGGAAACGCCAACAACAGGAGGUGCAACAAUGUCUUCAGCAGCUGCAGGGCGUCACCACUGACCAGCUGGCGACCCUCCUAGCCUCGCCGACCCCCCUGGAGGCCCCACAGAAGGUCAAGGUCGGUGGACAGCUGAUGGUCGUAGCAAACGCAACAUUCUCCCUGGAAAGGUCUGGCGCCAUCACACCUCCAAACUUACUGCCUCUGUUUCUCGGCCGUGACUCAUCGAACGACACCAACAACAACACCACAAAUGCCCUUAAUAACUACACUACCACCCCAAACAACAACUACAAGCCCCCUGCCACAAGUUCCCCCAGCCCCCCUCCUGCCAGCCUUCCCCCAAGCAUGGAUUAUUACAGACUGUGCACACCAGAAGACGAAGACGACAAAUUUGAAACCGAACUUUCGCAAGACCCAAAUCUCACACUGCAGCCUGGCUUGUUCAGAGUUCUAGGGGCAGGGGAGGCCUACCCAUCGCCUAGGCCUACCACGAUCACGAGCCUGCUUGCCACGCACCCCGAGGUCUUCGCCGAGGAGGUGGAGAGUGGCAGGGGGCGAGUGAGAGCAGGGGAAGCAGGGUUAGACAUGGUGCCACAGAGGGAGUAUGAGGGGACGCUGCCGAGAAGGGUUCCUGUGCAUCCCCUGGCAAACAACUUGGUGUUCCUGAAGGGCCUCGUUCGGUUACAAGCUUGUGUCCGUCGCUGGCUCACCGCUAGACUGCUAAGGACAAGACUAGUACAGGAACAAGUAGCAACUUUAGCGGAAAUUGCUAAGCUUGCUAGACAGUUCCAUCGCGAUAUUGUGGCCGAUAACUUGCAUAGGGGAGAUGUGGAGCUUCAUAAGGCUCUAUACAAGCAGGAGGGGCUGGCGAGGGAGAGAAUCUGGCGUGUCUUCAUCGGUCUAAGCAUACAAGAACAAAUGUCCCUUUUAAGACAUGACAGGAAGCUAAGUCUGGCGGCAGGGGCUGAGCAGAGGGGCCCCCAAACCCCUACCGCUGCCCCUGCCCCCGCCACAGUCCCUGCCACGCACCACCACCACCACCACCACCCACACCACCAGCCACACCCUAAUAGGAGUGUUGGAGGUAAGAGACCUUCCCCCAGCCCCCCUGCCCGCCCCCCGCAGGAGACAAGGGGAGCUAGAAUUGUAACCCCAGUGAAGGCACACACACACACACACGCACACGCACACGCACAUGCACAUGCACACGCACACGCACACAGCUCUCCCUCACACGUCCACGGCCAGUCGUACACACACACGCACAUGCAGUCACCAGCGCACACACACACACACGCACGCACACUCACACCCUCACACACACACACACACGCACACACACGCACUUACACGCAGCAGCAACCAACGUACACACACACACACGGCAGGGACACAAGCCAGCAACUUUACGCACACACACACGCAGACACACACGCAGACACACACACACACGCACACACACAAAAGCUUUCAACGUCACAGAAAUCUAGCCGGUUGCCCCUUCACGUAGACCCCCGUAGGUCCCCCAAGGGUCCGUCCCCAGGCCCCCGGUCACCCCAGGGGGCCGGGAGGUGUGCGUCUCACCCCCGCGCAGCACCAGGGGUCAGCGGGGGGGGUUCGGGGCGCGGGGGGAGGUCAAGAAUUCCUGGACAGGCUGCAAACGUUGGAAGAAGUUCGUCUUUUGGUUCAAGGGCUCCUCCAAGUACAUCUGUGUCCCCAGCUGCUAGCUCACCAAGACGAGAGGAGCACCAGUGGGCAGUCCUGGCGAGCUGUUGGAGGAGGUGGCAGGGUAACGACCUUGGGGCAUGAGAAAGCAUGGCAGGGGCUUAUUAGGGGUCAAAACAGCGAUAAGGGACAUUUGACAGGGUAGGGCAUAGUUCACAAGGGACACAAGGGUUUAGGGACAGGCUGACGGUGCAAUGAUAGGAUAGACUGUCAGUUUAGGGUGAUUAGGGGAUAUGCAAUGUAUAAAACAGAUUUUUAGGGUGAUAUUAGGGCUUGGCAGGGUAGUGACAAGGGAUUUGCAGGGUUUGGCGCAAGAUAGAUGCCUAGGAGGGUGUGGCAAGGGUGUAGCAGGGUGUGGCAGGGUUCAGGGACUUGGUAGAGGUGUGGGCAGGGUGUGGCAGGGUGUGACAAGGGCUUAGAAGGGUGUGGCAGGGUGUGACAAGGGCUUAGAAGGGUGUAGCAGGGUGUGACAAGGGCUUAGAAGGGUGUAGCAGGGUGUGGCAGGGUUCAGGGACUUGGUAGAGGUGUGA